CUCUCCUCAUAAAGAUAAGAUGUCAAAAGCUCCUAUCACCUUAUCAGGGAUUUUCUCGAAUUUUAUCUCAUCACAUAUCAUAUAAAGUGAGGUUGAAUGAUUUUCAGUAAAUCAGAUGUGCUGAAUACUUGCUUUAUAAACUGCUGCCAAGCGAAAUGGAAUCUGCCCUACUUCCUAUUGAAGAGAAACCAAAUAUAUCAUUUAGUGAAUCUAACAAAGUUUUCAAAGAAGAAGUAAGUUGUGAACCAUAUGAAGUUGAGACUGGUCAAUUGGAUGAUAUCAAAGAAUUUACUGAUGAGAGUCAAAUUUAUAACAGUGGAGUAUUCAUAGUCAAAAAUGAGAGCAAUGUUAAUUCCAAUGGCUCAUCUGAACAAAGUUUUCUUGACACAGUUGAAAUGAAGGAAAACAGUGAAGUUCAUUCAAAUAUUAAACCACAAAUAUAUAAUAUUUGUGAUUAUGUUUCUAAUCUGAAGGACGUUCUCAAAUGCAGUGACGAAUCUGUUCAUUCUAAUGAAGAGCAACAUAAGUGUAAUUUAUGUGAUUUCACUACCAAUGAAAAGGAUCUUCUCAAAUUACAUAUAGAUUCUGUUCAUUUGAAUUUGAAACAACAUAAAUGUGAUUUAUGUGAUUAUAUGACAAGUCGCAAAUAUAAUAUAAAAUCGCAUAUAAAUUCUGUUCAUUUCAAUAAGAAAGCACAUAAAUGUCAUUUAUGUGAUUUUGCUUCUAAUCAUAAGUUUCACCUCAAAUCACAUAUAGAUUCUGUACAUUUGAAUUUGAAACGACAUAAAUGUGAUUUAUGUGAUUUCGCUACAAAUGAGAAAUAUCUCAUCCAAUCACAUAUUGAUUCUGUUCAUUUAAAUUUGAAAAAAUAUAAAUGUGAUUUCUGUGAUUAUGCUGCAAGUCGUAAAUCUUGCGUUAAAUCACAUGUAGAUUCCGUUCAUUUAAAUUUGAAACAUCAUAAAUGUGAUUUAUGUGAUUAUGCUACAAGUCGUAAAUAUAACAUCAAAUUACAUGUAGAUUCUGUUCAUUUGAAUUCGAGGUCACAUAAGUGUGAUUUAUGUGAUUUUACUUCAAAUUAUAAACCCCAUCUUAAAAUACAUAUAGAUUCUGUUCAUUUCAAUUUGAAGCGACAUAAAUGUGAUAUAUGUGAUAGUACUUUCAAUAGAAAAUCACAACUUACUCGUCAUUUAGAGUCUGCUCAUGAUAAGUUAAAGCAACAAGUAAAACUUAAGUCAGAUUAACAUUUAGACUCUUCUUUGAAAACAUGAAUGUUUAAAUGAUUAUAUAGUAUUUAAGUGAUCAUACUGCUAUCUUAGUCAUUCCUAAUUUUAUUAAUUGAAUUGUGAUACUAAUAUAUAAAUGUUUCAAAAUGAAUUUAUUGUUGCUAAGAAAAUAAACACUCCAUGAUUGAAGUAUAUGGAAGAAGAAAAGUUAAUUUGAAGGGUAAUGUACUCUAAUUAUUUCAAUGCAUGAAAUAUUUUGUUACCAAAUCAAUUAUAAACAUUUCCAGAUGAAUCUUCUGGUCCACAUUUCUAAUGUACUAUAGUAUCUAGGGUGAUUUCAUUACAUUCUAAUACCGAAUGCCCUAUUUCUAGAUCAAAUAAACUUAUAAAGAAAC